UCGCCACACCCAUCAACCUAUCAACCUAUCAACCUAUCAACCUAAUCAACCUAUCAACUUCCUUAUUUGACCUCUGCCGUACUAUGCUUGUCACUUUCUAACCAUCCAUAUUAUUCGUGAUAUUGCCUACCACAAAGGAACAUAUUACUACCACAUCUUGUUUCAUUUCUUUGACUAUUCUGCUGCCUUCUGUCUCUUUCCCACCUCGAUUCUGUGUACCAAUCGCCAAGUCGAUCAUCCCACACACAGCAAACUCAAGGUUUCACUUCUGCUACUUCUAUAACGCCACAUCAUACCACCGCUCCAGUUGAAACACGCAUUGUCCAAUCUACAUCGUGCGAUUAAACCAACUAGGUACUAGUCAACUACAUAAACCCGAGAAUUCUCAACGCUCUUCAGCUAGUCAUCCUCGUCAUCCUCGUCAUCACAACCUAAGCAAUUAGAACUAGAUCAUUUACAAGUAUCAACAUGUCGAACGAUAACACCAGUGGCCCCUCUAACGACCGCCGCGGCUCUAUUACUUCCGCUACGUUCUCUAGUCUCUUCCAGCGAAGCAAUUCGACCUCUGCUGGCAAUGGCAAUAGCCGCGAAUCGGUCACAUUCGCGGCGGCUAGAGACCAACGUCGACGGCUAUCCGUUACUACGGUAGGGCUGUCUGGCACGUCACCCAACUCUGGAAAUGCCACGUUUGGAAUGCGCAGAGGCAGUAUUUCCACCAACAACUCGGAAUUGAUCGAUGAGAGCGCCAUCGAUGAUGAGGAAUCCUCCAAGACAGGAGCUACCUCUCCUUUCGCUCGUCGCAUCAGCUUCGGCGCCCAGGCUAUGCGUAAUCUGCGCACUGGACCCGGAAGCCCUGGAUCAACUGGUAGGACUCCCCAGCAGCCGAGACGUAUUUCUAAUGCAAAUACACGUGCUCCACCCUCCAGUGCCUCGUCCGCCUCAGCUGCUGCGAGACGGGCAAGCACCCCUCAGGCAAGCAAUGCAUUACCUAACAGAGCCCCUUCUGACAUGUUUUCUGUUCGGGCAGAUAAUGGAUACAACUGGCCCGAGCAGCUUAGAUCCCGUGCCGAAAGCAGUGUACAAGGUCAUCGACCGAGUUUUGGACCUCAUAGAUACGGCUCGCCACCUCACGGCAACGGUCAACAUGAUCGCUCAAAAUCCAUUUCCGAAAUGCCAGCUCCUCCUCAACAAGCUGCUACCGUAAAGCCGAAGCAGCCAGAAAGACCUAAGCCAGAUUAUAUGCAAGAGCGCAUUCUCAAGGGCGACUUCUAUAUGGAUUGAUUAUGAUUGUGUGUUGUAUAGGGGAAUUCCCACAUUCAUUGAUUUGAUGUGUUUUGGGAGCCAAUCUUCCCAAGCUAACCCUUACAGGUUCGUGGUCACUGACAGGACCACGGGCCAUGCGCUCUAUCUGCUGUAUUUCCAUUGCACGCCGUCUCGUCAACCUACGUCGUUCGUUUCGACGAUUUGUUUCUAUGGCGUUGAGAUGGGGAAAUGCGGGGGAUAACCGGGUAAAUUGUCUUCUCAACGCGUACCUAAGCUCAGCCGAAGGAAGGCAGUAUCGCUUGUGGGGAUGACGUGACAUUGGGAGAACCGACGGCGUUUUUCCAAAUGAUUUUGUUUGCCCUUUGCGGCCUAUGAUCAGCAUUGUUCGGACUUCAAAUGGCUUGUGUGAACAGUUACCAGAGCUCUACAGCCCAGUUGCAUUUGUAUGAUAUGGCGAUGGAUUAAAACAGUCUAAGUUAUAUCAUUACAGGCAUCAGAGAGGGUUAGGCAUGCCUUAGGUAUGUACGUAGAUAUUAGCAAUAGGAUCAUUUGACGGGGAGAUUUUUGGAAGCCAGUUCCUACACAUUGUCUCUGCGCGGGUUUUACAAAGCAAGAUAAGCUGCAUUAUUCAGACUGAAAAUAAAUCAAACAAAUUCAAAUUGGAGCUGAUUGGCAA